AUGGGUUUCAUGAAAGCCAAUUGCGACCAUGUCGACCUCUCAGCCCCUUUCACGCCUCUUCCCAAAUAUGGUCAUCUCUCCAAAAAGACACCCGAGUACGAAGAAGCAGAUUCUGAGAUUAGGAAAGCUCGUUCAGUCAUGAACAGUCUCCCUGACUUUCCAACCAUUCGCGCAGUCGUUGGUGAUCUAGACGCCAUCAUGCCUCCCGGCGGGCCUGAUAGAUACAAAGACAUCACCACAGAACUGAUCGAUAUUCCUACUCGCGAUGGAACUGAAAUCGAGCUCAAGGUUUACAAGUCACGGAAGGUGAACAAGAAUGCUCUUCUAAUGUAUCGCAUGCAUGGCGGGGGCUGGUGUCUUGGACGACACGAAGUUGAUGGCGUUGAAAAUGUUUAUGCAGCGACAAAUCCUGAUAUUGUCGUCGUAAGCGUCGAUUAUCGCAAAGCACCUGAACAUCCCUUCCCAACACCAUACAAUGACUGUUAUGAUGGUCUCAUCUGGUGCAAAAGUAAUCCAGAUAAGCUAGGCAUUGACCCCGAAAAGGUCAUAAUCAGUGGUGGCUCAGCUGGUGGGCAGCUUGCCGCCUCCCUCACGUUGAACUGUCUAAGAGAUGGUAUUACUGGAGUUAUUGCUCAAGCGCUACACUUUCCACCAUCAUGUCACCCAAAGCUCUUUCCCAGAGAUAAGUACGAGUAUGGCAGCUUCAUCCAGAACCAAGACGAUGCCAUACUCAGUGCGUUGGGUAUGGAGACCUUUUACGACGCUUAUACUCCCGAAGUAAAGCCUGAUUAUCGACAUUCGCCUCUUCUAGCUGAUUCCUUCAAGGGUCUUCCACCUACCCUCAUUCAAUGUGCCGGUGUUGACCCUCUGCGCGACGAUGCUUUAGCACUAGCUGAAGCGAUGAAGAAUGAUGGAGUCGAGGUAGAGAAACCUCUCAGUUACUUCAAAGAUAUACUGGAUUCCUGGAAAAACAUACAAAACGUUGAGGAGAUUCAAAACCAAGACAAUUAG